AUGAGCAAGCUUAUCCGCCAGGUGUCGAUCGAAACACCGGCACCGAAGCUGAAGGACUGCGUGCUGAACCUGGUCGUGCCGGUACCGGACACACCGGCCCAGGGUGCCCGCAUUCUGGUCGUGUAUGCGGGUGCCUGCUACCGCAAGAACCAAUCCACAUCGAUCUCCUCCAUCAGCAGUCAGCUGUCGGACACCGGGGACAUCACGACGUCGCUUCAUCUGCUCGCACACCAGGGCGUACGGGACGGGGCCCUGUUUCCCGGGUUUGAGGUGGCCGGUGUUAUCGAGUCCCUCGGCAUCGAACUGAAACCAGACUGUGGGUUUAAGGUGGGCCAACGUGUCAUUCUGUACCCGUACGAGGGCGUACCGCACGGGUACUCCGAGCUGAUGGUGGUACCGGACCUGAAGUAUCUGAUACCGAUACCGGACGAGCUGUCGCUAAGUGUUGCCGCCACACUGCCGACCGGUGCCCUGCUGGCGCAGAGUGCCAUCAUUGCCGCGCACAAGAUCGUAGACGAGCUGCUCAAAACGCGGCCGGGCGAGAAGGUGAAGAUGCUGAUCGUCGGUACCGGUGGAUUGGCACUGUGGGCGGUGCGCAUUGCCGCACAGCACUUCUACACACCGGCCACCAAGGAUAAGAUACAGAUCACUGUGGCGAGCCUGCGGGAUGAAGGGUUCCUGGUGGCGAAGAAGUGUGAACGGGUAAACAUUGUCCAGUGGAAUGAAGAUCUGUACGAGAAGCAGCUGAUCGAACGCACGCACGACGCCUGCGACGGUUUGGUGGACAUCGUGAUCGACUUUGGUACGACAUCGCGCAGCUUGCACCGGUCGAUGCAGUGCCUGACGAAGGGUGGCCACAUCUUCAUCAGCGACGAGGUGGCGGAAAAGUUGCUGCCCAAGUUUAGCAAGCGUGCCGAGGAGCGGGGCCAAACGAUCGAAGCCGUACCGACCGGUACGAUCGAGCAGCUGCAUCAGCUGGUGAAGCUAGUUUCUUCCAACGAGAUUGAACCACCGCCACACUCAGUAUUUCCCUCGGAUCAGGCCGCCGAUGUGGUGCGCAAGCUGGCCAGCUCGGAGAUUCCCGGACGUGCCAUCCUGAAAUUCCAUGAUAUCGAGUAA